CCAACAUGCUGUGCAACUUCAGCGGACCCGUGCUAAUCCGAGCGCUCCCUCCGCUGCUGCUCACAGAGUUCAUUCUGGGUCUUGCUGGAAAUGGUUGGGCUCUGUUCAUCUUCUGCUUCCACCUGAGACCCUGGAAAAGCAGCACUGUGCUGCUCUUCAACCUGGCAGUAACUGACUUCAUGCUCAUCCUGGCUCUGCCUCUCCGUGCCAGCUAUUACCUCUCAGGGAUCAGAUGGAUGUUCAGAGACACAAUCUGUAACCUCUGCCUCUUCAUGCUGGCGAUGAACCGCAGCGGGAGCACCUUCUUCUUGAUGGCCAUCGCAGGGGACAGGUACAUGCGUGUGGUGCAUCCCCACCAUCCCAUCAACUCCCUGAGUGUGGGCAAGGCCAUGCUGGUAGCGCUUGGGCUGUGGCUGGUCCCCAUUACAAUGACAGCCCAUGUCUUCUUUCUGAAACACAUCAACACAACCUACUGUGAGAGCUUCAUGUUGGACACAGACAGACAUACAGGAAGCUUGUCCUGGCAUAAGUUUACGUUUCUCUUCUCUUUCUACAUGCCCCUGCUGGUGAUUCUCUACUGCACCUUCCACAUCAUCAUCCACCUGAGGAGGAGACAGCUGACCCACCAAGCCAAGUUCAAGAAGGCUCUGUACUUCAUUGUUGUGGUGGUGGUGGUUUUCAUCAUCUGCUUCCUUCCCAGCAACAUCACUCUGCUGGUCAUGUGGAUCAAGACACUCAAAGGAUUCAAGUGUGCCGAUAUUGAGCAGCUAAACACUGUGUUCUAUAUUACCAUCAGUCUGACUUAUCUCAACAGCGUGCUGGACCCCGUGGUCUACUACUUCUCCAGCCCAGCUUUUAAGAACAUCUGCAGGAAAGCUCUGCAUCUGCCUACGACAGAGACUUGUGAGAGCACAGACAUGAAAAUGCGUGAGACGGCAUCCCAGUCGCUCAGCCAGCUGUGAUCAGAUAACAGCUAAAAAUGCGAGUCAUAUUUCCCAAUUUAGCCUCAUGUUUUAGUUAACACCAAAUAAGAUGCCAUUUUACUUCCUUUCAAGCUAUCAAAAAAACGUUCUUUGCACUUUUCUAGCACAAGCAAGCCUCAGCAUGUUUAUAUAUAACUUACCAUGAAAGCACUUUUUAGAAUUUCUUUUGCUAAACAUUUUAUAUGAAGGUUUUGCACUUUUUGAUCAGUUUCACUGCAUACGUUGCUUUGAAGAGACUUUUUUCUUCUCAUAACCUGAUGGUCUUUGCUGUCUAUAUUUAAUUCAGUUGGAACCAUAAAUGUUUUUAUUGUUAUUACUGUCAUGUAUUUCUGUGUUAUUCCAGUCACAACAUUAAAGUUAUGAAAGUUA